AUGCUCAUGUUGAAGUUUGCCGCCACAGAGAUUAACGAAGGGGGACACGUGGUUCAGGGAGUUGUGACUCAUUGUUCCGGAAAGAUAAAAGCUCUUUUACUUUUGGAGCUUUUGGUAGAGCUAGAUGGUGUUGACCAACGAAAGGGCGUUUAUGUAAUUGGUGCUACAAACAGGCCUGAGAUGGUGGACAAGACACUCUUAAGACCUAAAAGAAUGGAGAAACUUGUGUAUGUGCCUCUGCCAAAUCCAGAUGAACUGGAGCCAAUCUUUUUGCAUUGCUUUUUCUCAGAAUGGAAAUCGAGUUUCUCAGUUCCUACCGAAGAGAUUCGCACUGUGUACAUAGGGGAUUCAGAUUCAAAUGAAAAUUUGGAGGGUGAUGUAUCAGAUAAAACCUUAUUAUCCUCCAAGAAGAUUCUUUAUGUAGUCGAGAAUGCAGGAAAUGAUUUGAAUCUGUGCGGCCAUCAUCACAGCCUGAUGAGAACUGAACGAAUAUCUCUAGAAGAUGCACUUGAAUCGUUAUGCCAAAGCAAUGAAUAUGUUUGCCCUAAUGAUGGAUUUUUAGAACAGUCGAGCAUGUUUGAAGAUAUGGGUUUCAAGGUUGACCAUUCAACCACUAUAUAG